AGAAGGUGAAGGAGAGGACCAACGUCUAUAACUAAUCCGGUCUCUCUGUCUUGGCUCUGUGUCUCCCGCUAACUCUUUCAGUAUUUUUGCAGCUCCAUUUUUCCCGGUUGAAGGUCCCUUUGCAGAGGAAAUCCUUGCUGUGUUAGCUAACUGAACUUUAGUUUGUUCACCCCCACCACCACGUGUCUAUUAUAAGCAAGAGCGGCGAUUCUAACGGGCUUCUGUUCUAGAAAUCCGGCCAUUUAAAGAAAAAAAAAAGGGAUUGUGCAGGAUUGGCCUGGAACAACUCUACCGACAGCUAUUUUGUUGUCUGUUAAGACAAUGUUUUUGACAAUUCUUGCUCCCCAGGUUUCUCCGUUGUCUGGCUCCCGUCCUUUCCCUCCUGGGAAUUCAUGGAAGCCGUCCUAGAACCUCCAUUUUCUCCUUCAUGUUCUUUAGAUGGGAACGAAAAUGGCAUCAAUGCAACGACCGGAGAAGCCCCAGAACGUGAGGUUUCUCCGGCUGAAGAUAAAAGUCCGGUAGAUAUUUUGCCUGACUCUGUUUCUACUGAAGACCAGAGAUUGUUGGACAUGGAGGGAAGACAGGACGGCUCCUCUCCUAGAGGAGUUCCUGAGGAUAACACAAGGAGUGCAGAGUCAGAAACGGGUUCUCCCAAGGAAAGCACCUCAGACAUUGAUGCUCAAGCUCUUGCCAAGGUGGCUUUUCAUUGGAACGGAUUCUUCCGACUACUAAAAUGUCCAAAAAUGAGACAAAUAUACACCUUCCAUCCUGUCGGUGUCCCAAAGUUUUCAAAAUGGAAGGGCAAACAUACACGAGAGGCCUCGGUUCCCAAUCUAAAUCCAGCCGAAGAUACUGAGCUCUACCCUUUCAAGUCUUCCUGGAAGAACUUUACACUUUCUGAGAUCGAAAGUGCAACCAACAAUUUCAGCUCUGAAAAUGUUCUUGGGAAGGGUGGCUAUGGAGAAGUUUACAAAGGGCAGUUGCCAGAUGGGCAGCAUGUAGCAAUUAAGAGGCUUGCACGAGGAACACCAGAGGAGAAGAUUGCGGAUUUCUUAUCUGAGCUUGGGAUCAUAGUCCAUGUUGAUCACCCUAAUACUGCAAAGUUGAUUGGUUAUGGUGUUGAAGGAGGAAUGCACCUUGUUCUACAAUUGUCUCCAAAUGGGAACCUAUCAUCUAUACUUCAUGAUACUAAACAGAAAUUAAAAUGGAGCAUUAGGUAUAAAAUUGCUAAAGGGACAGCAGAGGGUCUUCAGUAUCUUCAUGAGAAUUGUCCAAGGAGAAUCAUCCACAGGGAUAUCAAAUCUGCUAAUGUUUUGCUUACAGAGGAUUUUGAGGCUCAGAUUUGUGAUUUUGGGCUAGCAAAGUGGCUACCAGAGCAAUGGACUCAUCACACCGUACCAAUUGAAGGCACAUUUGGUUACAUUGCUCCUGAGUACUUCAUGUAUGGAAUAGUAGAUGAGAAAACUGAUGUCUAUGCUUAUGGGGUACUACUGCUAGAGCUCAUCACUGGACGCAAAGCUCUGGACAAUUCAAACGAAUCAAACCAAAGCCUUGUGAUGUGGGCAAAGCCUUUUCUCGACGUAAAUGCUAUUGAGGAGCUUGUUGAUCCUUCUCUUGAUGAAUAUGACGCAGAGCAGAUGAACCAUCUAGUUUUGUUGGCAACUUCGUGCACACAGGACUCUUCAUAUCUACGUCCUCGAAUGAGUCAGGUAGUACAAAUUCUUAAAGGUGAAGAAUGCAGCUUAGAGUGUGCAAAACAAAGCCAACACCCAUGCCUUCAAAGGAGCUACUCAAUGCAAGUAGUUGAUGCAAAAGAAUAAAAUUCAAAGCAGCAGCUUGAAGACCUUCAUCUACGUAAGGAGAUUGCUUUAGAGUUCUGGAAGCAUGUCUCUUCGGGACAAGCUUCCAGAACAUGGAUUUAGUGGUUUUUUAGGUAUGUUCAUAUCCAAAUAUAAUGACUUAAAUGUGAGUAUGUUUUCUGGAAUUUUAGGCUUUUGAUGUCUCACAGAAGGACCCCUGAUAUGGGGACCUUAGACCUUUAGAAAAAGAGAAAGGAAUUAAGGAGAAGAUCAUAAGAAUCCUCCAUAAAUGAGUUGUAAAAUGAAAGUGAGACUUUUAUGUUUAAUGCGCAUAUAAAAAUCUUUAAGUUGAUGGCAAAGUUA